AUGAAGGAACUUGGAGAAGGUGGAUAUGGAAGAGUUUUAUUGGCAAAGGACAAGAUAACAGGUCAAAGAAUGGCAUUGAAGACCAUGGAUAAAAACAGAACCAGCCAGCGGUCUUUCCUCCAGGAGUUCUGCGUUUCAUACUUUCUUUCAUCUCAUCCCAAUAUCAUUGGAUGUAAUGGCAUCGCCUUCACCACCAUCGACUACUUUGUGUUUGCCCAGGAACUAGCCCCUGUUGGUGAUCUCUUCUCCAUGAUUACACCAUACGGAAUUCCAGAAGACUCAGUUAAGAGGUGUGCUCUUCAGAUCUCCAAUGCUCUCGAAUUCAUAUCCGAGAAAGGACUGGUGCAUAUGGAUUUGAAGCCAGAAAACAUUUUGGUGUUUGACCAGGACUGUCACUUCAUCAAGAUCACAGACUUUGGCCUUGCGAAGGUCAGAGGGACAGUGAUAACAUCCAGGUGUGGUAGCAAAACCUACAUGGCCCCAGAACUACGUGACAUGACCAUUACGGAUGGACUGGUUGUAGAUGGCAGCCUUGAUGUGUGGGCGUUUGGUGUUACCAUCUACUGCCUACUCCUAGGGGAGUAUCCAUGGCAGGUGGCCAUGCCUGAAGAUGAAGGAUAUAGAGGUUUUGUUGACUGGCAAAACAAUUUUCAUAUGGACAAUCCUCCUGAAGCAUGGAGAAAGAUUUCAACUGGAAUAAGAAGGAUGUUUGGUGUGAUUUUGGCCAUUGACUUUUCUAAAAGAAGUAAAUCUACAGAAAUCCUGAAAUACAUGAACGAAAGCUGGAAGGAAGAAAUCCCAGAUGCAAUCACAGGACAAGAAGAUGAGGAUCCCAUCAAAAGCAGCUCUGUACAAUCUGAGGUAACCUCCAUUUCUCACCUGAACACCUCACAGCGUAGUGUUACUAACAAGUCCUUGUCUUACUUUUUGACCACAGACACUUCUGUAUCUCAGUCUGAGAUGACUCCAUUGCCCCAGAAGGAUGACAUGGAAGAAAGCACUGAUCAUAUUCGAUGA